AUGCCUUCCAUCGCCAAACGAACCCCCGUUCUCUUCGUGCCCCACGGAGGCCCUACUCUCAUGUACGAGGGCGACCCCAACUCGGAUCAGAAGGCUUUCGCCUACCUGCGAGCCUUUGGCCGAGAGCUGCUCAAGAAGCACAAGGAGAACCCCGAGUCCGUCAAAGGCGUCAUUGUCAUGUCCGCCCACUGGGAGCAUGCCUACCAGAAGGACGAGAACCCUCGAGAGGUUUCUCCCAACAAGCUGCCGAAGAUCACUCCCAAGCUUGGAAAGAUCCCCGUUGGAAUUGCCACCGAUCCUGCCGACGGUCUUGGACGACUCGAGUACGACUUCUUCGGCUUCCCCCGAAAGCUCUACCAAGAGAAGUUCUUUGCCCGACAUUCCCACGAGCUUGCUCUCAAGGUCGCCGAUGUCAUUGACUCCUCUGACAAGUACCAAGCUCAGCUCCGAACCGACAAGAAGUGGGACCACGGUCUGUGGGUCUCUUCCAAGGUCAUGUUUGAGCAUGCCGGAGAGGCUGACGGAGAGGUUCCCUUCCCCGUUUUGCAGAUUUCUGAGCCUGCUGGAGACCAGCUCAAGGCCAACGGAAACGAGGAUGACGUUGCGAACAGAUUCUACGACCUCGGCAAGGUUCUUGCUCCUCUGAGAGAACAGGGUUACUGGAUUAUUGGCUCCGGAAUGUCCGUUCACAACCUGCGAGAGCUAGGCGCCUACUACGGAGGCCAUGCUGACUACGCCGUAACCUUUGAGAAGGAGGUCAACAAGCUUGUCCAGAAUGUCACUGCCAACGAGGACGGCAAGAUUCCCGACGAACAGUACAAGCGAAAUGUCAAGACGUUGUGGAACGACAAGGACCGACGACGAGCCCAUCCUACUGCCGAGCAUCUCUUCCCUCUGUUUUUCGCUCUCGGAGCUGCUGACGGAGAUAAGGGUAAGCAGGUUUACGCUGCUCCCCAGGCCUCUCUUUCUUGGGGAACCUACAAGUGGCAGUAA